GAAAGAGCAAAAGUAAAUAAAUAUAUGUAGAGGCUUAUUAUAAGACUCAUUCUUACAGUAUCAAUACCAAUCAUAAUAGGUGUAGCAAUAUCUAUGCUUAUAUUCUACAAAAAUUUGAUGAGCGCCCUUCUAUUAUGGGAAUCAGAUAGCCUUUAGUGGAUUAAGUAAUCAUACUAAUAAACACUUUAUAACUAGUUACUUUCUAAGCUAAUAAUAUAAGAAUACAGCUUUAACUAAAUACAACUGUAACUAAUUGUGAUGAAUAAAUUGAUUGAUAAAUUCAAUAAUAAAAAAAUAUAAGUAAACGUAAAUACUUAGUUUACAGUUUGUUCUUACAGAGAAAUAGCUUUUAAUUAGUGUAUUUCUGAUGUUUAUUAAAGAUUUAACUAGAGUUGUUACUUUGUAGAUAUAUAUUUUGUGAGAACGCUCUUCAGAUUUGAUCUUCUCUCAUAACAUUAGCAAAAUUAUAUUUUAAUGAAUAAUUAUCUGUCUUUUUUCUCUAAGAGUGUACAUUAUCAAUCCUAAAGAUAAGGACUACUGAAAAUAAUGAUGUUUUUCAACGCAGAUACCACUUCAGUGUUUUAAAGAUUUCCAUCAGAACUUGUAAAUGUAACAAAUACAGCUUACUAAGAUUGUUAUGGUGAUGGUUAUUUAGAACCAUAUGAUCCAAGAUGUAGACCAUGGUAUACUUACGCUAAGUAAAAUGAAGGUUACUUCUUUUAUUAACCUUAUAACGACGCAGUCUAAAAGAAUUUAGUGAUGACUCUGUCUAGUUAAGUGAAAUUUGGUAGUAACAUUUAAUCUGUAAAUAGUAUAGCCUUCGACAUGACCAAUCUUAUUGAGAUAUUUGUUAGCUCUUAAAAUUAAUAUUCUGUUUUAUUUCAUGAAUUUAAUAAUACUAUAUUUCAUCACCCUUACCACAAUGAUAAUAGUGUUAUAUCUUGGCAAGAAUUGGAAUUCAAAAAUAUAACUUAAAACAAUUUAACAGAAGAAGAUUUCGAAAAAUUGAAUUAAGAAAAAUAAGACUUUAGCAAUUAAUUACAACAGACAAUAUAAUUUAUCAAAUCUGGAAAUUAUUCUAUCAAUUAAUAGAAGAAUUUAGAUUAAUUAUAUUAAUACUGGUCAAAAUUUGGCAUAAAGAAAAUUAGUUUAGUCUUUCCUUUAGUUAGUUAAAUUCCUAAAUAUAAAACACAGUAACCGUACUCAUUCUCAAUCAUAUUAACAGCAAUGGUUAUUGAAGAUUAAAGCAACAGACUAUAAUUGCUUAAUAUAAUUAACAUUAAUUGGAUUAGAGUACCACUUAUUGUUGAAUUCAUUGUUGUUAGCUUAGCUAUAAUUUUAUUUUUACUAAAUUAUGGCAAAUUUCAAAUAAUUUAAAUCUAAAAUCCUAUAGAAAUAUUAAUUAAAUUUUUAAAAAUAAAUCUAAUCUUGCAACGUUAAACUAAGGUCCUAAAAUACAUAAAAAAAUCAGAAAAAUAGAGUUUAACAUUCAAUAGAUAUAAAAAAAUAUCAUAAAAUAUUAAUUCUAAGUUGAAAUAAGAAGAGACUACAAAUAAAUUAUUGUCUCCAUGCAGUUAAGAUUCUUUUAAACUAACAUCUAAAUAUGUCCAUAAGACAAAUUAACAAAAUUAUUUAAUUUAACAAGAAAAAAUCACAAGAAACAAACUUUUGAGUUUUCCCUAUUCAGAUAAGACAGAUUUCUCAUAGAAAUUUGAUAGUAUUAGGGAAAAACGUAAAACAAGAUUAAGUUUUUUACAUAAUUCUAAGACGAUAAUAAGUACUUCUAGAGCAUUUAAUUAGUAGGAUGAUGAAUAAUAAGGAAACCCUGAUUUUUUUAUAAAUAGAACAAGUUAAAAUGAUGAUAAAUCUGCUCACAGUCUAAAAAAUGAAAGCUAAAUAUAAAGUGUAAAACUAUAAAAAUAUGAUAAAUAAAAAAAAAGCAAAAUACUUGAUGAAUUAGAACCGCUAUUCUUAGAAAUGAAAAUAAUAAAAGAUACUUUUUAAAAUUUAGAAAGUUUGAUAAAUUAUUAAAUUGAUGCUUAAAGUUAAAACUCUGAAGAUAUUAUGAAUGCUUUGUUCCAUUUUGCUAAAGCAAAAUGUACAUUCCAAAAGCUAUAGAAUUAAAAUGGUGUUAUCCAUUGCUAUUAUAAUCUUGGUGUGAUUUAUUUAAUUAAAAGUGAUUUUUAAUUAGCUUCAGAGUAUUUUUUAUCAGCAAUUUAAUUUAACUGUAUGUGCCUAGGUAUAGAUUAUUAACAAUUAGAAUUUUUUCAUGAUAAUGAAUAUAAAGAUUAGCUAGUCACAUUUAAAAAAAUAGUUUUAUGCUAUUCAUAUAGCUUGAAACAACAUGUUUUAGAAUAAAUUUAUUCUUAAAUUAAAUCUAAUUUAUUUAAAUCACAAAAUAAAUUUAACAAUAUAUUCUAAAAUUACCAAUAAGAAAUUUAAAAUGAAUAGGUCUUGAAAAACACUUUAAAAGAAUCAAUUGAUAACUUCAGAAUUUUAGAAAAUUUAGUUAAAAUUUAAAAUUAAAAUGCUCCAAAGUUAUUUGAGUUGUUUAUAAACUUAGAAAUAAUAGAAAUUUUAAUUCAUUUAGACCACAUUAAUUAAAAAAAGGAAAUUUAGCUUUACAUUCAAAAAUCAAUAGUUAUAAUCAACAAAUUAUAGUUUACUUUUAUAAAACCUAAAAAUUUUAAUUCAAAAAUAUUUGAUGAGGAUGAGAGUGUAAUAUUUGAAGAAGAAGACAUAUCUUUUAGUCUAUAUAAUAAUUUUUAAAACAUUUCAUAAGAAAUCAGGUUUAUAAUUUUUGAAAUUUGUAAAUCUAAAUUAAUAUUUUUAUAAGGAAAAUUGGAGUUCUAUAAGCAGAAUGAUUACCUAGCUAUCUAAUAUUUAACACAAAGCCUAGAAGAAGGAUAAUUUUUUAGUCCAAUAUAAAGAUAAAAUGUAAUCCUUUACCUCAGUCUAUUAUUUUAAAAGCUAUCAAUAAAAUAAGAUUUAAUUGAUGAGUUAGCUUUGAAUUCUUCUACACCUAUUAAUCUUAUUUUACUUAUUUAGUUGGAUUCUAUUUCUUAAAAUACAAAUCUAAACUAAUUUUUUGAAAAUAUAGAAAUAUCUAAAUUCCUAAGAAAAAAAGAUGGAAUUUAAAUAAUAAUUUUUAACAAAUAGCUAUAAACUGUUAUUCCACUAACUGAAAUUGAGAGCUUUCACCAUUUACAAUUAAUCGUUGAAAAUUUUAAAUACAAAUCAAAAGUAACGAUUCAAAAAUCUAAAAAAACCUUGUAAAAAUUAAAUUGGUAACAAGCAAUUGUAAAAUAUGCUAGUAAUAUAGCGAAGUUAAAUCUUCUAUAAAUUAGUAAACUCAAAUAAAUUAUUAAAGAACUGAAUAAUAGUAAAAAUGAUUAAAAAUAAAAACUUAGUUUUGAAAUAUUCAAAAAAAAUAUGAAAAUGUUGGAAAGUAAAAAAUAAGUAAUUAUUUUAUUUUCUAAAGAAUAAGAUGUUAAAAAUAAUAUCAAACCAAAAUAAUUCUUUAACAAAAAAAUACAAUUCCAUUUCUAAAAAAUCAUAAUUUAUCACAUGUUAGAUUUAUUUAUACAAAAAGAUAAUGAUCAAAAUCAACUUGAUUCAGAGUACUUCGAGUAUGAACCAAUAUUAUCUGAUAAAGUACUAAUCUAAAAACUGAGUUAAUUAAGAAAAGAUUAUUUGAAUUCUUCUAAGGAAUUCUUAACUAUCAUAAAUAAUGCUUUAUGAUUUUUUAUUUCAGUAAA